GCGUUUGACCGAAUUUGAUGACUAAUAUAAUGGCUCAGUCAAUGGCUGAGUUUUCCAAAAUUAAGGUUGUGGCAUGGAUGCCGUACUGGGAUCUGUGGACAUACAUAGGUACAUUUUGUGGCUGAAGAAUUCGCAAUGAACCUUGAACACUGAGCCCCACCGUUCGAAUUCAAGCUUUCCACAUGUGCAGCUUCAAAUCGUCACACUAUCAGCAAGAUACCUUGUCGCGAAAUUCGAGAUUAAGCACCAACUCGCACCUCGUCUUAGUCUCCAUAUACCUCCAUAUACGGCCUACAAAGGCUGUUCAUCCAAAAAUGUUACCUCUCGGCCUCUUGAACGCGGCCCAAGGUCAUCCUAUGCUUGUCGAGCUCAAGAAUGGAGAAACCCUUAACGGCCAUCUGAUACAAUGCGACACAUGGAUGAACUUGACGCUGAAGGAGGUUAUCCAAACCAGUCCCGAAGGAGAUAAAUUCGUCCGUCUACCGGAAGUUUACAUCAAGGGAAACAACAUCAAAUAUCUCCGAGUGCCAGACGAAAUCAUCGACCUUGUUAAGGAACAACAGCAUGGUCAACAAGGUGGAUUCAGAGGUGGCCGCGGCGGCCAUGGCCAGCAACGAGGCGAUCACGGAGGCAGAGGUGGUGACAGAGGCGGUCGUGGCGGGCGAGGCCAAGGAAGAGGUCGGGGAAGAGGUCGUGGUUCGUGAAAGGGAUGAAUCGGCGCUAUACCAAUGGUCUACGGACAAAGAAGUCAAUACUGAAUGAUCCUGGAUGGUAGUAUAAGGGCACACAGGCAAGCUUCCAAGAAGCUGCUAGAAUUAGGAGAGUGCUAGGAUAUAACCGUUCCAGACGAAGAUACCCAGCCCGCCAAGAAUGGCGUUGGCGCAAACGGUGUCAGGCCGUGAUUACACUACAGAUUCAACGUCCGGUAGGGGUGGGAGUGAUAGGAGCAAUUUAAGUACGCUCCAGAAUGAUAUCUACCUACUUUGGCCUUCCCUCGAUUCGAAUUGCAUCUUUUGGAGUACUAGGUGCUGUGAGAUGAAGUCUCUCACGUCAUUGAAGCCCGACAUAUUCGAGGCGGGAGACAUCCAUGGAUAGAUUCUGAGUGAAAACGCACCCACUGCACAUGGUGUUUCGUUGAAUUGCCUAAUCAAUUGACUCUCUAGUGAUGACCUACUACGUAAG